UUCAGUAGAAAAGGCAGAAGUGACCUUGCAGUAUCAUAUAUUUGUGUUUGUGUGCAGAAACAUGCCAAAGGGCAGGAUCUGCUUAAGAAAGUAUGUGAUCACCUCAACCUUUUGGAAGAAGACUAUUUUGGUCUGGCUGUAUGGGAUACCCCAACUUCUAAGACAUGGUUGGAUGCUGCCAAAGAGAUUAAAAAACAGGUUCACGGAGGCCCAUGGGAUUUCACUUUCAAUGUUAAAUUUUAUCCUCCAGAUCCAGCACAGCUGACAGAGGAUAUAACGAGGUAUUACUUGUGUCUCCAGCUGAGGAAAGACAUAGUCACUAGCCGCCUUCCUUGCUCCUUCGCAACACUGGCUCUGCUGGGUUCUUACACAGUCCAGUCUGAGUUGGGAGACUAUGAUCCAGAUUUGCAUAGCGCAGAAUAUGUCAGUGAAUUUAAGCUUGCCCCAAACCAGACAAAGGAACUGGAAGAUAAGGUCAUGGAACUACACAAAACGUACAGAUCAAUGACUCCAGCUCAAGCCGAUUUGGAAUUUCUUGAGAAUGCCAAAAAGUUAUCAAUGUAUGGGGUUGACCUUCACCAAGCCAAGGACUUGGAAGGAGUGGAUAUCACUUUGGGAGUCUGUUCCAGUGGCCUUCUUGUCUAUAAAGAUAAACUGAGAAUCAAUCGCUUCCCUUGGCCCAAAGUACUGAAGAUUUCUUACAAGCGCAGCAGCUUUUUUAUUAAAAUCCGACCUGGAGAGGUAGGCUGUGGAGUCAAAUGAUACUCAACUCCAACUU